AUGUCAAGUGCAAUUUCUGGAUUCUAUCAUACUCUAACUCGAACAAAAAAAUAUGGUACUGAUUCAGUACAGGAGUCAAAAUUAAAACGAUGUUUAAAUGUAUUUGAUCUUACUAUUCUGGGUAUUGGAUCAACACUUGGCACAGGCGCUUAUAUUCUUACAGGACAAGUGGCGCAUGAAACAGCAGGACCAUCAGUAGUUCUAAGUUUUCUUGUUGCAGCUAUUGCAUCUAUUCUCGCUGGACUUUGUUAUGCUGAAUUUGGUGCACGCACGCCACGUGCUGGAAGUGCAUAUACAUACACAUAUGUUAGUAUAGGAGAACUUUUGGCUUUUAUUAUCGGUUGGAAUAUGAUCUUAGAAUACGUUAUAGGUGCUGCUAGUACAGCUCGAGCAUUAAGUGCUUAUUUGGAUUCAUUAAUUGAUUUUACAAUGCGCGAAUAUUUUAAACAUCAUUUUCCAUUACGUUCGGCAAUACUUUCUGAAUAUGCAGAUGUAUUUGCUAUGGGUGUAUGUCUUCUUGUAACUAUUUUACUAAUAAUUGGUAUUAAAGAAUCAGCAAUAUUAAAUGAUAUUUUAACAUUUACGAAUCUUGCUGUUAUAUCUACUGUUAUUAUUGUUGGUCUAACGAAAAGUCAUGGACAUAAUUGGAAUAUUUCACCCAAUGAAGUACAUAAUUUAACGAAUAGUACAGGACUUAUUGGUAAUGGAGGUUUUUUUCCAUUUGGAAUUGAAGGAACAUUGGCAGGUGCAGCAACAUGUUUUUAUGCAUUUGUUGGUUUUGAUCUUGUUGCAACAACAGGUGAAGAAUGUAAAAAUCCACAACGUGCUAUUCCAAUAUCUAUUUGUUUAACAUUAAUUGUCUGUUCAAUACUUUAUUGUGCCAUAUCAUCGGUUGUUACAUUAAUGGUUCCAUAUUAUUUAAUCAAUCCUAAUGCUGCUUUGCCCGAAGCAUUUCAUUAUGCUGGCUUACCUAUAUUUCAAUAUGUAAUUGGUAUUGGUGCAUUAGCUGGAAUUACUGCAGCAUUACUUGGUUCACUUUUACCAUUACCACGCGUUUUGUAUGCUAUCGCAGCUGAUGGAUUAAUAUUUCGUUGUAUAGCUUGGAUACAUCCACGUUUACAAACACCAAUAGUAGCAACAAUUAUUGGCGGUAUUGCAUCAGCAAUAAUGGCAUUAUUAUUUGAUUUAAAACAACUUGUUGAAAUGAUGUCAAUUGGAACAUUACUUGCAUACUCAAUUGUUUCAAUGUCUAUUCUAUUUUUACGUUAUCAACCUGUUGAAAAUCCAUUAUUACAAUCUGAUGAAGAAGUCAUUCGACCAACAUAUACAGAUUUAUGGAUGCCAAGACAAACACGUCCGACAAUAUUUACAGCAAGAAUAGUGAAGUAUCUUAUCGCUUGUCUAGUUGUGAAUAGUUUUAUACUUUGUGCUAUACAAAUAAAUGCAACACAAAAUAUUAUAAAUAAAGAUCCAACAACAUUAACUUUUUUUAUAUUAUCUAUUGUACUUGAAAUUAUCUUUACUGUUUUAAUCGCAAGACAACCAAAAGCUCAAAAAACACUUUACUUUGAAACUCCAUUGGUACCAUAUGUGCCUAUAUGUAGUAUAUUAAUGAAUUGUUAUUUAAUUCUUAAAUUAUCAACACCAACAUGGAUUCGAUUUGGUGUAUGGAUGUUUGUUGGUUUUCUAAUUUACGGUUUUUAUGGAGUAUGGCAUAGUACAGAACGAUUAUCUGAUGAUGAUAGACAACCACUACUUCCUGAUAGUAGAACUGCAUCAGAUAGUCCUUAA